AUGCAAGCACCACUGAAACUUCAAUUAUUCGCGAUUCGCCCGCAACCAGCGAACACUCCCGUUAAUGGAAAAUGUGAAAAGGUUAACAAAGACGAUUUGAUCAAUGAGGACGACCGAAACCUGCACAAAGUCGUCUGCCGUCGCUGCAAAUCCGUCAUUUUUCCAGAGGACGUUGUGAUGACAGUCGACAGUUCGUUCGCUUAUUUCCGUUCUUUUCCUAACUUUUCCCAUUUUCAGAUCAGCCGUACCAGCUCCGCGUGAUGACUCACCAGGGAAAGGGAGCGCCGACGUUCGAGAAGAUCAGCUGGUGGUGGUACACCGAGAACGACAUGGUCUUCGACACCGUCGGCUGGCAGACCAUCGACAAGAAGAAAGUGCUCAUGUGCGGGGACUGCGAGCUCGGUCCGAUCGGCUUCCGUUCCGAGGAUAACAAGAAGUUCUGGGUGGCCGUCGAACGCGUCAAAUAUGAGAAAACCUAG